ACACAUGUGAUACUUAUUUGAAAAAAUCAACAGGUUGAUUUAUGACUAUAAAUAUUGAGUCCAAAAGUUGGAACAGUAUCAUUGAUUCCAUCAACGUCUUCUGGUGUUAACUUCUAGCAGUGCAAUCAAAAUGUUCAAAUUUGCUGUUCUCAUCGCAUCUCUGGCCUAUGCCAGCGCCGGAUACGCCGGAUUACAGACACCUUACGUCGCACCUGUAGCUGCACACUACUCGUCUGCGCCUUCCGUUAGCUACAGCACUGUCACUCGCAGCCACGCGCCAGUCCUUACCCAAGGAUACGCUCACUCUGCCCCAGUGGUGGUCGCCCCAGUCCAAACGUACUCCGCUCCACUGACCAAAUCGUACAGCUAUGGAAAUAACUACGCCCCAGCUCUAUCCUACGGACUUGGACACGGAUAUGCCCCAGCUCUAGCCCAGAACAGCUACGGAUACUCUGCCUACGCUGCUCCACUGGCCACAAAGACCGUUGCUAUUGCCCAGCCUCAGCUUUACCAGCAAAACAGCUAUGCCGCUCAUGCAGCUCCAGUUUGGGCCCCCAAUAGCUACAACUACGGUGGAGAUCAUCUUCUAGGAUACAACAACUAUCAAGGACAUUAUGCCUACCUCGCAGUUUUCAUCACCUCCCUGGCUUUGGCCAGCGCUGGUUACGUCGGACAUGAGCAAUCCUACGCGGCUCCAGCAGUGGCGGUACAAUACUCUCCUGCUCCCGUCGUGAGCUACAGCAGCUUCACUCGCAGUCCUGUGCAAUCCUUGCCCCAUGGAUAUGCUCAUGCUGCCCCAAGCCACACCUACGCUGCCCCAUUGACCAAGCAUGUCACUUACGGCCACAACUACGCUCCGGCUCUCUCCCACGGACAUGGUUAUGCCCCAGCCCUGUCCCAUAACAGCUACGGCUAUUCUGCAUAUGGUGGAGCUGCUCCAUUGGCCACCAAAACCGUCGCCUUUGCCCAGCCGCAGUUGUACCAUCAAAAUACCUACGCGACUCACGCUGCUCCGGUCCUGGCCGCCCACGGUUACAACCACGGAGGUGCCCUUGCCUAUAACAAUCAUCAUGGUCAUUAUGCUUAUUGAAGGGUGCCUUAAACACUUGUUGAUUUAUACGCUUAUUGAUUAUAUCCCGUUGAGUUGAAUAAAAUUAUUCUCAUACCUUCGAUCAACAAUAAAA